AAGAGAUAACCACAACAUAAAAUUGCUAAACAUAGUAAAGCAAAAACACUUAGAACCAAAGUAGUGAUAUCAUAUGGCAGGAGUGAAGUUGCUUGGUCUUUGGUAUAGCCCUUUUAGUCACAGAGUUGAGUGGGCACUGAAGAUUAAGGGCGUGGAAUAUGAAUUUAUAGAAGAAAAUCUACAAAAUAAAAGCCCUCUACUUCUUCAAUCCAACCCUGUUCACAAGAAAAUCCCUGUUCUAAUUCACAAUGGAAAGCCAGUAGCAGAGUCUAUGGUCAUUCUUGAAUACAUUGAUGAGGCUUUUGAAGGUCCUUCCAUCUUGCCUAAAGACCCUUAUGACCGUGCUAUAGCUCGUUUCUGGGCUAAGUUCCUUGAGGAUAAGGUGCUAGCAGUGGGGAAAAGUUUCUUUCUCAAAGGAGAGGAGCAAGAGAAAGGUAAAGAGGAAGCUUAUGAAAUGCUGAAAAUUCUUGAUAAUGAGCUCAAGGAUAAGAAAUUCUUUACCGGUGACAAAAUUGGGUUGGCUGAUAUUGCUGCAAAUUUUGUGGGACUUUGGCUGGGAGUUUUUGAAGAAGCCUCUGGAGUUGUUUUAGUGACAAGUGAAAAAUUUCCAAAUUUUUGUGCGUGGAGAGAUGAGUACAUUAACUGCAGCCAAAACAAGGAAUAUCUACCUCCUAGAGAUGAGUUGGUUGCCCAUUUCAAAGCUCGUUUUCAAGCUGCAGCUGCCGCUACUCCCAAAUGAACACCUACAGUGAACUUCAUGGAAGUUUAGCAAGAUAUUCGCAUUCCAGGAAGUGUUUCGUGUUACUGUUUUGUUUGGUUGGUCAGUGAUUGUAGAAUAAUUAAUAAAUAUUGUGAAUUCUCUCAUCGAAUUUCGAUAAAGGCAAAGAAAGAAAUGUUGACUUAUAGUGUGAAAGCAUUUUAUAUUUCUAAGAAUAUUACCAGGAACUAUCUCGUGUUACUGUUUUGUUGGUUA